AUGGUAGAAGAGGCCGGCAAAGAUACAGGUGCUGGCAACAGCGGUGGGAGCGGGGUAAGCGCCGCUAGCGAGGCCCAUGUUCCAAAUGGCGCCCAGGUGUACGAUAAUCCAUACGACGGCAGGAGUUAUAAUCUAAAGGCGUGGCUGUUUGAUGUUGUUAUUUUUAUUCUGGACACUCUGUUCACCAUUUUUUUCAGAGAAAUAAAGGUCCGCGGUGGGCACAAUGUCCCGCCAGUGGGCACACCGACUAUACUGGUUUGCGCUCCGCAUGCAAACCAGUUUAUCGAUCCAUCGUUGGUUAUGGUGACCACGAGAAAGCUCUCGCGGUACGACAAAUCGCGACAGGUGUGUUUUGUGACAGCUGAGUCCAGUCUUAAGAAGAAGUUUGUGUCACUUUUCGGUGUUUCCACGGGCGCCAUACCUGUGCCAAGAGCCCAGGAUAACUUGCAGUUCGUUGAUUCGCGUAUUAAAAUCUACUGCCCUGAUUUCAACGAUCCCACGCUGAUCAAGGGAAAGUAUGAAUAUGAGUCUGACGAGCUGGAGGGCUUCGACAAGUUGUUCAAGCCUAAAUCUUUACUUGGUUUACCAAAUUAUCUUGGUAAUGCUCAGAUAGCUGAAAUUAUUGAUGGUCGGACCCUCAGAAUUGCAGCUCCCUUCAAGUUCAAAUCAAAUAAAAAGAUAAGAGCUCUAUUGACGGAGGGAACGAAUUUCAACUAUGCUGCAAAGAUCGACAAUUCGAAGGUUUUCCAGAACGUUUUCAACCAUUUGCAUACAAAGGGCUGCGUAGGUAUAUUUCCCGAAGGGGGCUCUCACGAUAGGCCAUCGUUACUUCCAAUAAAAGCGGGUGUCGCAAUAAUGGCUCUUGGCGCAACUGCAGCUGAUCCGUCGAUGAAUGUUGCGGUUGUUCCAUGUGGGUUACACUAUUUUCACAGGGAUAAAUUCAGAUCGAGGGCUGUAUUGGAAUACGGCGAACCGAUAAUCGUUGAUGGUGAAAUGGGUAAGCGGUACUCGCAAAAUCCACGUGAAACUGUUUCUGAUUUAUUGCAAACUAUAACGAAAUCUCUCUACUCUGUGACUGAAAAUGCUCCAGACUUUGAGACCUUGAUGACCAUUCAAGCUGCGAGAAGACUUUAUCAACCUGUGAGAAGUAAAACGGCUUUAUCAUUGGUUGUAGAAGUCAAUAGAAGAUUAUUAUUUGGUUAUUCUAUAUUUAAGGAUGAUCCAAGAGUUGUCCAUCUGAAAAAAAUGGUUUCUGCCUAUAACAGUACUUUGGACUCACUAGGGCUAAAAGACCAUCAGGUCGAAGAACUGAAAACCGAAACAAAAGAUAUUAUAAGAGGUGUGUUCACAUUAGUGUCAAGGAUCGUAAGACUGUUUGUUUUCAUAGCUCUCUCGCUCCCCGGAUCUAUACUUUUCACUCCCAUUUUCAUAUCAUGCCGCUGGUACGCUAGGAAGAAGGCUCAGGAUGGCUUGAAAAAAUCAUUGGUCAAGAUUAAGGGUACAGAUUUACUUGCUACCUGGAAAUUAUUAUUCGCUUUGGUAUUCGCUCCCAUCCUUUACAUUACUUAUUCUCUGCUUCUUGUAUUCCUAUAUGUGAGAAACAAUAGAUGGAUUAUAAGGAUGUGGGUUCCUUCAAACAACAUAUUCAUUCAGUUUUUUUAUUUCUAUGCUUUAUUGGUUUUGACAACUUAUUCAAGCUUGAAAACUGGCGAAAUAGGUAUGGAUCUUUUUAAGUCAUUACCACCACUCUUUAUCACUCUAAUUUAUCCUGGUAAAAAAAUAAGUCAGUUGAAAAGUAUGCGUAAGCAGUUGAGUGCAGAAGUAACUGGUGUUUGUACCGAAUUGGGUCCGAAAGUUUUCCCUAAUUUCAAAAGCCUUGUUAAAGAUGAAUACGAAAAAGAGGAAGCUAGCAAAUCACACGAUAUAAAUCCUGCCUUCAGAUACACCCUAUCCAUGGCAUCACAGGAACUACAUGAAUCACAGGUACCGAAGGAACGUAGCCGUUCAAGUUCUACCAGUUCAAGUGAAUAUUCUGCAUCUAAUUCUCUAUCAAAAGUUAAUUCUAGGGGUUCUCUCACGGAUAUUCCUAUAUUUGCCGAUGGUAGACAGCCAAGCAGUGAGUCUGAUGACGAGAUUGAUUUAACAACCGAGGACAAUGAUGGUUCAAAAAUAUCUUCCAUGAUCAGAUCAAAGUGGGAACACGAAAAAAAUGACUAA